AUGUUAAAGUAUGGUCAAUUGAAACCAAUUUUUGUAUACAGCAUGCAGGUGUUCGGCGAAUGGGCGCAAGUGGAGGUGGUGGAACUAGUGAACGAUGGGUCGGGGCUCGCCUUCGGCAUCGUCGGCGGUCGAUCCUCCGGCGUCGUUGUCAAGAGCGUGCUGCCUGGAGGCGUGGCUGACAGGGAUGGAAGACUACGCAGCGGUGACAUGCUGCUCCGUAUCGGCGCGGUGUGCGUGGUCGGCAUGUGCGCCCGGCAAGCGGCGGCCGUACUGCGGCAGUGCGGGGCCUGUGUCCGGCUUCUGGUUGCCAGACCCGCUCAUAGUAAUACACUCCAACCCACGUUACAGUCUCUAGGCGCAUCCCAGGCUCCAAUAGUACCAUCACGCUUGCUAGCUGAUCCAAUAGAAUUAGAACGUGGAUUGGCAGAAGCUGGACAUGAUGGAUUUGGGGCGUUAUGUGAAGAUACCACCCCUCCGUCACCACCGCCCACCAUCAUAGAGGAAAGGUUGCACCACCGGCCGGUAGCGUCAAUAGUGGCGGUGGUGCCACGAGGAGCUCUCGCACCAUCACCUCGUCCACCACCACUCAUCAUAACUUCAGAACCCCAGCCACAACCUGUUAGGUUACCAUUAGACAUGGCGGUUCGAGGUACGGGGGAACCAGAAACGUUGAGCUACGAAGUGGAACUUAACAAGGAUUCCGCCCUUGGUCUCGGGAUCACUGUGGCUGGUUAUGUCUGCGAACAAGAGGAACUGAGCGGUAUAUUCGUGAAGAGUAUCAGCGCUGGGAGCUCCGCAGACUUGUGUGGCAAGAUCCAAGUGAACGAUAGGAUCGUUGAGGUUGAUGGUGUAUCCCUCAAUGGUGUCACUAACCACAGGGCGGUUGCUCUGUUACGUGAUGCAAGAGGUCCUAUCGUGAAGUUAAAAGCCUUAAGAUAUCUUCGUGGGGCGGGGUUUGAGAGGCUUCAGAAAGCAUUAGCGGCUCAAGAUGGUCGGAGAUCACCAAUCGCUCCGCCAAGUCCCUCUGUUACCUCUCUCGCUAAAUAUAGUUUUAGUGUGUACGACGAAUCGACAGUGAUAGAGGCGGAACCAGAAUCUGAGGUACAACCGCACCUGCCGUCCCCGACCUCCCCUUCUGACGAGGCGGAGAUAGUGAUCGGUCGAGAUGACGAUAUAUCGGAACGGGAGAUAAGGAGGAUUCAGGAUAAGUGGCGGGACAUUCUACAGAAGGAACCUGAUUGGCCUGGCAAUCAAUAUGAAUAUGAUAUUAUUGUGGGUACAAUAAUGAAAGAGAAAGACAGCGGCUUGGGUAUCUCUCUCGAAGGUACAGUUAGAGUGGUCGGAGGUAAAGAAGUUCAAGCUAGGCACUACAUAAGAGCUAUCGCACCAAACGGACCUGUAGCUAAACUGGGCAUCUACAAGGUUGGAGAUGAGUUAUUGGAGGUGAACGGCUGGCGGGUACUAGGAGCGCAUCACGUGGAGGUGGUGACGCGGCUCCGCGCGGUGCGCUCGCCAGUCGCGCUCGUGGCCGUGCGGCGGCGCGAGCCGGGGGACGGCGGCCGGACUUGCGCACGGAAUGGUGUUAUAGGAGGAAGUCUCCAAGACCUGCUAGCGCCCCCUCAGCGUCUCAUCAAGGCCAAAUCAGAAAGUUCCGUCGCUUCCCUGUGCAGUGCAGCCACUGUUAUGUCAGCGGGUCACGAUCAUGAUGAGUUCUGUUCGGACGACUUAGAACGCAACCGGUCCAGAUCUUUAGAGCCUCUCAGUGGAUUGGCCAUGUGGAGCGACAAAGUGGAGUAUAUACAGUUGCAGAAAGAAGAUAGAGGACUGGGAUUCUCCAUUUUGGACUAUUUGGACCCGUCCGAGCCGGGCAGCUCGGUGAUCGUGGUGCGCGCGGUGGUGCGCGGCGGCGCGGCGGCGGCGGACGGGCGGCUGGCGCCCGGCGACCGCCUCGUGUGCGUCAACGGGCGGGACGUGGCGCGCAGCCCGCUCGCCGUCGCCGUGGAGGCCAUCAAGAGCGCGCCCCGAGGUAUCGUUACAAUCGGGGUAUCAAAACCGCUACCUUGCAGUACAGUGGUUGGCGGGGAACGAGCGAAUGGUCACAGCAUUCAAAGCAGCCAGGAAUGCAUUAAUUCGUUGGCUUCAGACGAUCAAACCGGAAUGGAUUCCUUUCACGAAUGCUUGCAAGAGUAUGGAGAAGGUUUAGAAGUUGUUCAAAUAUGUCUAGAGCCUGAAGAAUCAUCGAUAAAAGAUGAAGAAUUAUCAGCACUGGCAGAUAUCAGUUAUGAUGAAUAUAAAAAGGACAAUAUAGUAAACGACAGUGGUAAAUGCAUUUCUCUUGGAAUUAAGGGGAAAACGGAAAAGAUGAAUGGUAUUUCAGAAAUAAAAUCUUCAAAAUCUGCUGAUUCGUUGGAUGACCAAGAGGAUGAUUUGACAAUGACCGAAGACGACGUACUUCAUGCACCUAGAGAACUGACUAUAAGGAGUAAAUCAGCAGACAGAAAGGAAAUUGAUAGUGAUAGAUGUUUAUCGAAACAACAAAGUAAAGAUCUAUCGACGUCAGAUGAAAUGGUUUUUGCAGUAACACCGACUGGCUUAGAAAGGAUAAGUUUUGAAAAGUAUUGGAAAGAAGGCGAUGUCAAUAAAGACAAGCUGAAGAAUGAUGAAAGUUGGAAAUCAUUAAAUUCGCCAACAGACGAGACUGCGACUUUUUACGACGCAACCACUAGAAUUUCCGUCCAGGAGCAAAACAAUUCUCUAUUGUAUAUAGACCAUGAAAUCGACGGUUACGAAACAUGCCUUGAUGAUGACUCGUCUGUUAAGUGUUCGAAAAAAAACAGUCAUAAAAUUAACGGCGAUAGCGAGAUCAAAGAGUUAGGUAAACACGAUAAAAUAUCUAUUAGCAACAGAGACAACGACGCUUGUGCCAAAACUAUUAACGAUCAGAACACUGCCAAUGCCGUUGACGAUUUGUCGUCUUAUGGCUAUCCAUACGUCGAAGAACAUAUAAUUAAACAAAUGAAAUCAUUAAGAAUAGAGCCGUUAAAUAUAAAUAUAGGAACAAAGAAACCAAAAAAAAGAAGUCCUACGAAACCGUCCAAAAGUGAACGCCAUUGCGUUGAGUACUAUAAUGACCAAGCGGAAUGCUUAAAAGAGAUACAUCAAAAAAAGCUUAGAGAAGAAGAGGAAAAGAAAUCAAAAGAACAGCAGAGAGUUUUACAAACAAGUCUAAUUACUAGGGAAAAGAAAAUGCUUUCAAAACGUCAAUUGAGUGAAGAGUCAACUGACGCAGAGCCUACUUACGUUCCAGGCUGUCAUAAAUGUUUUCUUGAAAGUUAUGCCUAUGAAAUUACUAAAGCGUAUAUAGCUGAGGCUACAACUUGUAAAUAUUGUGACGUUAUUAGGGAUAUGCUAGAAAUACCUGCAAUUAUAUCGACUAGGAGGAGAUCAGCUCCGGCGUUAGUUAAUUUAGAUAGUCCCGGGUCUGAGACAGAUGAUGAAGAUCUUUUGGCUGUUCCUAUCAUAAAAGAUAGAAGACAAUCGACUGGACCAUUAAAAUUUCCAGUACCUGCUAGGAGAUCUAGUCAUUCACCCUCAAAAAUGACAGUCACCGCGUCACCUGAUCGACGUGAUGGUGGUUCUGGCCAGCGAUGGGGACCUCCUCGAAGAGUUACACUAAGAAGACGACCGGGUGCUCCCUUGGGAGUCAGCAUUGUCGGUGGAAAGGUGGAUAUCAUAACGAAGAAAAAUGGCGAAAGCGGUGAUGAAAAAGCGAUUUUCGGUAUCUUCAUUAAAAACGUCGUUCCCAACAGUCCCGCAGCAUUGUGUGGGGAAUUGCAGACUGGUGACAGAAUUCUCGAAGUGGAUGGUGUUUGCGUAAGAACAGCACAGCAUGAAAGGGCUGUGGAACUUAUCAAAGCAGCUAAGGAUGUCGUCACACUCACUGUACAGAGCUUAAUGACAUGGAAAUCAGAUUCAUCAGAGGCGUCGCCUCCGACUUCGUCUCCCCCGCGACCGAGUAUCAAGAAAACGCCAGCGCCAAAACCUCCAAAGCAUGACAUCAAGAUAACCGUGACAUCUGAGCCGGAAGUAGAGAAAGAGUUAGCAAAAGAAGCGCAAAAGGAAAAUGAGAAAUCAGAAGAAAAGCAAGUGAAUGGAGAAAAGCCACCAUCGAAACCUGUUUAUUCAGAUUCGGAUAGCAGUGACGAGGAAGACGAAAGAGAGUUGCAGGGACGAACCUACUCAGAGAAAGGAGUUGAGAUUGACCGAGCAUCAGCUGGUGCUAUCAAGCGUAGCAGAGAAGAGAAGGAAGCCGAUCCAGAAGAGGAAGACGAUUUCGGUUACACUACAAACAAAAUCAAGAAGAAGUAUGCAUCCCUCGGUGAGAGUGUGGUGGUUGUUAAGUUGGAAAGGACGCCGAAGGCCGGGCUCGGGCUCAGUCUUGCGGGCCACAGGGACAGGAGUCGCAUGGCCGUGUUCAUAUGCGGUAUGAACCCCGCCGGGGCAGCUGUGAAGUCGAAUCCACCGAUCAAAGUUGGCGAUGAGAUUUUGGAGGUGAACGGCAUUGUACUUCACGGAAGGUGCCAUCUCAACGCGUCAGCUAUCAUCAAAGGCCUCGUUGGACCAGUCUUCAAAAUAAUAUUACUGAGGCGAAAAGCAGCAUUAGAAGAUGUAGCAGUGAAGCCGUUAACCCAGUUUCCAGUUGCUCUCGACGAAGAGUUGGACGACCGCUUUGCCGGAUACAAAGGCGUACGAGAUAUCACAAUAAAGAAGGGUCCUUCGGGCCUCGGCAUUAUGAUAAUAGAAGGAAGACACACAGAAGCUGGUCGCGGUAUUUUCGUAUCAGACCUCCAAGAAGGUAGCGCUGCGGAACAGGCUGGCUUGAAUAUUGGAGACAUGAUUCUGGCUGUGAACAGAGAUUCCCUUCUUAGUUGCAGCUAUGACGCCGCAGCUGCCAAACUGAAACAAACUGAAGGCGUGGUCAUACUGACAGUAUGUAGUCCGAACAUGAAAGAUCCUGAUGAAUCGGCGUCAGCUUCUGGUAAUAAAACAGAUCCCUCACGUCCAACUACACCGAAACCAGCGCCAUCACCAGCCAAACCUGAACCCCCAGCAGACCCAGCGACGGCGCCAAUCAAACCAAACCAAGACACUGUUAUAGAAAUCAACGUCAAUAAUGAAGUCCUCGGAAUAGCCUUACUUGGUGGAAGCGAUACGUUUGUUAAUGGUCCAGCAGCUGUGAUACUGGAAAUAUACAAGAACGGCGCAGUAGCCAAAGACGGUAGAUUAAAAGUUGGCGAUCAGAUCAGAGACUGCAAUGGUAUAGCGAUCAACAAGGAUAUGACGUAUGAGAGAGUUUGUCUGUCGAUCAAACUGAGAGUGGCAAAGAUGAAAAUGACAGUCUACCGACCUGAUCCUUUACAGUACGAAGAAAUAGAAACAGAGUUAACAAAGAAGUCUGGAAGACCGUUAGGACUUCACUGCAUUGCACCGAUUGAGGGUCCUGGAGUAUAUAUUGGAGAAUUGCUCCCAGGAUCCGCAGCUGAAGUGGAUGGAAAACUGCAAAGAGGUGAUUUCAUAGUAGCAGUUGACGGUAAAGACGUAUCAACACUCGAGCCGAUAGCCAUCGCCGCCAUCUUGAAGUUGUGUAACAACAAAACCAACAUUAAAGUUAAACGAUUCAAAAUAGUCCCUAGAUAAUUGUGAUAAGGUUCAAAUUGGAAAAGAAAUGGUUGAAAACUAGGUUUGUUAAAAGAUCAAAAGGAAAUGUACUGAAAUAAAGGAAUUCAUGAGUUUUAUUAA